UGCAGAUAUCGCCCUCUAUCGGCUCAGCCAUAAUAAUAACGACGAUGACCGCAGUCAAGCUAACAACAACACAACAUAUCAAACAGGUUUAAAUUAUGUUCACAUCGAAUGAACAAGCUACGAAUAACUUCAACAACGGAGAAAAUUGAGAUACUUUCUGCAGGAGUGUGCAGUGACUAACUAGUGAACUACAUAUUAUGAUGCCAUGGAGGAUAGGAAGCUGAAGAGAAAGAUUUCCAGGCCCUCCACCAACCAGGCCCCUGCCCCACCAACCAGCACCCGGAAGAACACAGCCUCUGGACGUCAUCUGGGCUUCAGCCACAUGGGUACACACUCCAGCCAGAAGGGGAAGAGCCGCAGGGGUGUGAAGGCCAGACAGCAGCAGGCUUCAGGCAGUAAGGCAGGCCAGGGCCAGGCAGACCCCAUCCAACACUCCUUCCUGACAGACGUCUCAGAUGUGCAGGAGAUGGAGAAAGGACUGCUGAGCCUUCUCAAUGACUUCCACAAUGGAAAACUGCAGGCCUUUGGUAAUGAGUGUUCUAUAGAUCAGAUGGAACAUGUGAGAGAGAUGCAGGAGAAGUUGGCUCGGCUGCACUUUGACCUUUAUGGGGAGGUGGACGAGAUGCCUGAGGACCAACGGAAGACUGCCUGCGACUCCAACAUGGACAAACUACUGCUCAACCUAGAGGAACUGAGUUCAUCAAUUCAGAAGCUGAAUCUGGCAGACAGCCAGGAGAUACCCAGGACAGCCAGCAUCUAAGUCGGUUUGCUGUCAACGGUCUCAUCUCCUUGUCUCCUAACCUCCUCUCCUUAUUUGAUUUCCUUAUCCCCUAAAUUCAUUUCCUUAUAUGCCUCUUCUCCACCCUCUCCUCUUCUCCUCUACUGUCCCCCUCUCUUCUCUUCCCUCUCCUCGGGGCUAGGGGUUUUAUGGGAUUGGGCCUAAUCACCAUCCUCAACUUAUCUGUCAAACACACUGCAAACACAGUUGCACAUAUUUGCGAGUUUAUUUAAAGUCGGAAACUUACUGCACAUAUCCACAUGAGUGUUUGGCCAAAUGUUGCUGCCUUUUGUUGCUGCCUUUUUUUUCUCGCCUUUUUAUUGUUGCCUUGGUUUGAACCAGUGUUACAUUGAGAUAAAUAUAAAAUAUAUAUUUGACAUUCUCCUACACAUCUUUGUCUUAUAUGCAGUUGGAAUGCAAUAAUCAUAUUUGAAGCUGCUUGAUUGUCGACCUUUUAUUUCGAGUAAUCCUGUACAUUACAGAUUGAGGUUUUAUUGUUAAUUAAUGUGAUUGGGGUGGAUUGUUAUCAUUUUAUUUUUCUCGGUUCUGGGAAAAAGUCAAUAAAGAGAAUUCUAAUGACUUGAAA